UUUGGAGGUAAAUUACGUCUAAAUGGAGAACAUCUGAGAGAAAAUGGGAAUAUUUAGUGUUUUUAUAAUAAACAAGGCAGGGGGAUUGAUUUUUCAAUAUGACCACUAUUCACAGAGACCAGAAGUAGAAAAAACAUUCAGUUUUCCUAUUGAACUUGUUUUAAAGCAACAGGAUGAAAAAUUGGUCGUAGCUUUUGGGGAAAGGGAUGGCAUCAAAGUGGGGUACACAUUAAUGGGCGUGAACGGAAUCCCUGUUGAGGGUCGUUUUCUUCAAAAUGAUGGAACAGAUGCCAUGGAAAUAAUAAAUUCACCUCAUAAUUACCCCAUCAACCUGAAGUUUGGCAGAACAAAACUCACAACCAAUGAAAAAAUAAUGCUGGCAAGCAUGUUUCACUCGUUGUUUGCCAUAGGUUCCCAGUUAUCUCCAGAGCCCCACUCUUCAGGAAUUGAAGUCUUAGAGACGGAUGGAUUUAAACUUCACUGCUACCAAACUAUGACAGGGAUCAAAUUCAUUGCCCUGACGGACCCCAGGCAGGGAGGGGUGGAUGCACUUUUACGGAAAAUGUAUGAAGUGUUUUCUGAUUUUGCCCUGAAGAACCCCUUUUAUUCUGUAGAUAUGCCAGUACGAUGUGACUUGUUUGAUACAAAUUUACAACAAGUGAUAGAAGCCUGUGAGAAGCAAAGUAUCGGUAAUGUCUAGAUCAUCAAUGAAGAAACUGAAAAUUUGGGAGACUUCCAGGCCAAUCAAAGAAUAAAAGACUUUAUGAGGAAAUGAUGGACAACUGGGUAGUGACAUUCCACUCAAACUCUACAAGUGUGAUAUUUAGACAAACAUUUUUACAUGUGCAAUAAAUGUAGGUAUUUGUUUUUAAAAAUAAAUACAUCAUUAUCAUGAA